GCUCAUUCUCUUAUGCAAAUGUUUCAGAUAUUUGCCUUAAUUAUUUUUUUUUCUUCUUCCUCUUAUUUUUCUGAUCUCUGUCUCUACUUAAAAACCUUUAAACUUUUAUUCCGCAAAUUUCCCCUUUGCACAUGUUGUAGAUUUAGCAGAUCUUAAUCAAUUCAUACUUUUUUUAUUUGUUUUAUGUAUUGUGUUUUAAUUUUCCAUGAGGAUACCUCGCUGAAGAGAAUACGCCAGUGAUUUUACCUUAUUAUGAUAAAUAUGAUAUGUUGCUGAAAAAGAUGGUUAUAUUUUGUAGAUAAAUUCACAAGUUGCAAUAAAUUUCGUGCAAUUUAAGCGAUUUAUGAAAAUAUCCCUAAUAAACUGGACUGCUUUUAAACUACUGUUCUCAAACUGUGUUUCAAUAAUCUAGUGAAUUGACACAGAUAAUUAUGACUGUUCUGUUUCAGUGUUGUGUAUGGAAAAAUAAAUGCUUCGUCUCUAAAUCAUAUUUUGUGAAGCAUGAUUCGAUUUGUCAAACCAUACAGCUACAAUUGAGCACUCAUCUUGUUGUGCUUCUUCUACGUUAUAGAAAUUCUGUAUAUGUUAGGAUGAUCGUUGGCUAAAUUGCUAAGCCGAUCCCUUGUGAUGUUUAACCAAUAAUAUCAAUGGAUUAUCGUUUCAUUUCAGAGUGAAUCGAGCCUUAGAAAAGCAAUGGACCGGCUAACUGAGAAUGCUAAUCUCAUGAUUGUCUCUGAUCUUGAUCAUACAAUGUGAGUGACAAUAUGCUACAGGUAGAUCAUCAUGAUCUUGAGAAUCUCUCCCUGCUUAGAUUCAAUGCCUUGUGGGAAGAAAAUUACCGUAGUAACUCUUUGCUAGUUUUCUCCACUGGGAGGUCACCCACACUAUACAAGGAAUUGAGGAAAGAGAAGCCCAUGCUAACCCCUGAUAUCACAAUAAUGUCUGUGGGAACUGAAAUAACUUAUGGUAACUCUAUGGAACCAGAUAACGGUUGGGUUGAAUAUUUAAAUCAGAAAUGGGAUAGGAAUAUAGUUUUUGAAGAGACAAGCAAGAUUUCAGAGCUUACUCUUCAGUCUAAGACAGAGCAACGGCCACACAAAGCGAGCUUUUAUGUUCAGAAAGACAAGGCUGAAGAUAUUACAAGAUCUCUUUCGACUUGCUUAAAAGGACGUGGGUUGGAUGUCAAAAUAAUAUAUAGUGGAGGUAUGGACUUGGACAUUUUGCCUCAAGGUGCUGGAAAAGGGCAAGCACUUGCUUAUUUGCACGAUAAGUUCAAGGCUGAGGGAAAAUUACCUAAAAAUACACUUGUUUGUGGUGACUCUGGAAAUGAUGCUGAUCUGUUUACUGUCCCAGAUGUACAUGGUGUCAUGGUCAGUAAUGCCCAGGAGGAAUUACUGCAGUGGCAUUCUAUAUAUGCAAAAAACAAUCCUAAAAUAAUUCAUGCAAAGGAGAGAUGUGCAGCGGGUAUUAUACAAGCCAUCGGUCACUUUAAUCUUGGUCCAAGUAUAUCUCCUAGAGAUGUUACUGACUUAUCUGAUACUAAGUUGGAAAACUUUGACCCUGCGUAUGAAGUUGUGAAGUUUUACUUGUUUUAUGAGCGGUGGAGACUUGCUGAAGUUGAAAACUCGGAGCUUUAUUUGGAAAACCUGAAGGCAGUUUGUAGUAAGUCUGGGAAUUUUGUUCACCCAUCUGGAAUUGAAAAGCAGCUUCAUGACUGUGUGGACUCACUAAGACCCUCUUAUGGGGACAAAAAAGGCCAGCCCUUUCGUGUUUGGGUAGAUCAGGUCUUACCUGUUCAGGUUGGGUCAGACUCAUGGCUGGUGAGAUUUAAGAAAUGGGAGCAAUCAGGCGGAGAACGGCUAUGCUGUUUGACCACUGCUUUAUUAAGUUCAAAAGAUGUGACUGUGGCCGAUGGGUUAACCUGGGUGCAUGUCCAUCAAACAUGGUUGAAAGAAGCAGGCCCAAGCAGUGACGCAGAGUGGUUGUUCUAGUCUGGCUCUCUCUCUCCAAAUAAGUGCAAAAGAUACACAAUUAUUUAGAGGUGUUAAUUCCCUAUUGCUAUUGCUAUUGCUGAUGUUGAUGUAUUCAGUUAUCCAUUCAACCAUGUGAGGAUGGAUUAACAGAAAAUACGCUACUUUUCUAUAUACAGACUAAAUAAUUUACUCGGAA